CGUUUUCCGGGCAAAGCGAAGAGGGUCGUCUUCAGGGGACGAGAUGACCGGAUCAAAAAAGGACAAAGAGAGCACUGCCAAAGUACAAGCAGACAUACUGCAGUUCCAAGCUCAUCCAACCACUAUUGUCUGCUUUCACAUCUACAGCUCAACAUGAACAGUUCACAAGGCAAAAACAAAACAACAUCUUUAUCUUACACUGCAAGGUCUUUCAUCCAGCGCAUGGUCACUGAGCUUCUCGAGAAAUGCGGCAUUACACUCGACCAAUUACCAUUUGACCAGGACCUCUACGACGAAUGCAAGGAGAUCAUGGCGUCCGAAUACCAUAUACCAUCGUCUCUCUAUCCCUGGUUUGAGAGAUACUUAUCCGUAGGGGUCAUCAUUGCCUCUACAUCCUACUCCCAUCUUCCAAAGAGCCACCGAGUGUAUGUUGCCGUUUAUACGGCUUCUGCUACGGCACUGGACGAUAUCUUCUCUCAACACCAUCAACAAAUGGAAGCUUUUAAUGAACGUUUUGUCAUGGGGGUUUCACAGGACGAUCCCAUCCUGGAUGCUCUGGCUAAAACCCUUAUGAGUACAUCCGAUCUUUAUGGUCGCAUACAGUCCAACUUGAUCGUGACAUCCACGUUGGAUUUCAUAACUUCUUUGAUGAUGGACAUGGAAAUUAAACAAAUGACAAACUUGAACUCGCCCAGUUUCGCGGCUUUCUGUCGGGAUAUGUCUGGUAUCUCUAAAUCAUAUGCGAUGUUCAUAUUCCCGCAGGAAGUCAGCCUCGCAGCGUAUGUCCAAUGUUUACCUCAACUCGGAAAUUUUAUCAAUGGCAUGAAUGACGUACUUUCGUUUUACAAAGAGGAAAUCGCGGGAGAGGAGGAGAACUUUGCGAGUAUGCUCGCGAAGGAAUCCUCGAUCACGAAGUAUGAGGCUAUCCAACGCAUAGCUGACGAUGUCGCCGAGGCCGAUAAGAACAUCUCGAAAGGGUUGGCUGGUAAUCGGUUGGCCUUGGAUAGUUGGAAGAGUUUCAAGAGAGGAUACGUCCGCUUCCAUACCUCGUGCUGCCGGUACAAGCUCGACGAGCUAUUUAAGCCACUGCCAGUCGUUACGACCUCACUUCCAAGGAGAGCCAGAGGAGUUGAUGAUUUAUAGGCCAUGAUCAUUCAGAUAAGUAGUGAUAUGUACAGUAUACGAGAACAUAUAUCAGUAGAGUCGUAAUCAAGUCCCCA